AUGGAGCCGCGCCGGUCCAACUCCCCCGCGCCUCCGAGCGGGCCGAACAUGGGCCCGCCGAUGCCCAAUUACCCGCACCUUAGCCCGUACCCGCCGAUGGCCCACCACAUGCUUCCUGGGGGCAUGCCCAUGCCGCCGCACAUGCCGCCGCCCCCGCAGCAGCUCAUGCACCCGCCGAUGCAACCGCCGAUGUCGGGCUCGCACAUGCUUAGCCAGCUAUUCCCCAACCUGAACAUGCAAGGUCGGUCGCCGUCGCCUGCGUCAAUGCCGCCGCCGCCGCAGCCAAGUACGAGCCCGAGCCCGAGCCACCGUUCGCACUUUGAUCCGGAGCUCACGACGCCGGGACACCACAACCACCCGCAGCCAUCUGCACUGCCGAUUCCGGCGCUCAUGCGUCCUUCGAGUGCCAGUGGCGGCUCGGUCACGACGCGUGUGCCUCCGCCGACGGCAACCGUGCGCUCGGCGUCGAUCUCGUCGCCUGGUACCUUGUCGCCUGGCACGCGUCUUCUUGGCCAACAGUGCGUCUACGAGCCGAAGAAGGACGCAGACGCGCGGUCGUUGGAAGUGACACCGAUCACGCUCUACGUCUCGGAGCGAGCGUCGGAUCUUGGCACGCUCAUCUCGGUGAACGAGCACUACAUCUCGUACCCGAUCCGGAACGGCCUCAUCCGCGUCAUCAACCAGUCGAGCGUGAACCGCAUUCUCCUCCGCAAGCACGAGCAGCAUGCAGUGACGGAGCUCGCGUUCUUCAACGACCAUACCGACCUCCUCCUCUCGGCCGGUACGGACAACCACAUUGUGAUCUGGCGCCUCUCGGAAGACAUGUACGCGCAAAAGCCCAUGACGCGCGAGGUGCUCAAGACGCUGCCGUGCCGGGCGCAGCGCGUCAAGUGGCACCCGCUCGACUCGAACAAGAUUGCAAUCGUCCAGGACGCCACCGUCUACGUCACGAACCUCGACAAUGUGACAGCCGACCCCGCCGACGCCUUUGCGCUCACCGAGCACAGUGUCAUCUGCGACCGUAGCCAGGCGCACGUCAACGACGUGGCGUUCUCGGCCGACGGCCACCAUCUCGUGACCGCCGGCAUGGACGGCGCCGUCCACGUCUACCACCUCGGCGGCAUUGUGGUCGGCGCAGCUGCGAGCUACUUGCGCCGCUUUGACCCCUUUGAUGGCGCGCCCGUCAACAGCCUCAACGUCUUUGCGGCCCAGUACGGUGGCGCAGCCUCGGGCUUGCUCGUCGGCGGCCAAGGCAACACGCAGCUGUCACUCUGGAAUGCGCCGUGGGACGCGGAGGUCGACACGUGCACGCAGAGCUUCCGCCUCCACAAUGCGUCGAGCAUGCACGAGCUGGUGCUGGACCCGACGCACGAGUAUGUGUACGUGGCCGACCGCGCGGCUGCCUCGCUCAUUGUCUUGCACUUGGCGAGCAGCCCGAGCCCGCGGCUUCCGCGCCGCCUCGACAAUGUGACGGAGUUUUCGCUGGCGUACCCGAUUCUGUCGAUGACGGUGCUGCACCCGGCGUCGAGCACGGGCGUCGCGGACGAGUCUCCGAUGCAGCUCUACUGCAUCCAGACGCAGGCCAUCCAGCGCUACCAUGUGGCGCCGUCGGCCUGCUACGUACCGCCGCGCAGCCCCGUGCGGUCGUUCCACGAGGAGCCCAAGGCGGCGCCGCCUGCGAUCGUUGAGGCGUCGAACGAUGCGUCGCCCGAGACGGAGCUCGAUCUGCAGAUCACUGUGCACGACUUUAACGGCAGCGAGGCGGGCUUGAGCUCAAUGCUCGCGACCGACGGCGGCAACGACUCGGUCGGUCGCCGCAGUGACGACGACGACGAGGACGAGGACGACGACGACGAGAGCGAAGUCGACAGCCUCGCCCCAACGUCAGCGCCGUCGCGCGUGCCCGGGUCGCCGCGGUCGGUGUCGUCGCUACCGAUGCCGCCGCCGUCGGACGCGCAUUUGCGCUACGCGCGGUCGUCGCCAUCGUCGUCGGUGCAUGCGUUUACGGACGACGUGUCGUCGCCGCGGCCGGUGCCGGCGCGCUUUGAUGACGACAGCGCGUCGUCGGAGCUGUCGCACUUCUUCCGCCGCAUGGAGGCGCUGCAGCGCGAGCGCGACGAGCAUUUGAAGGACCAAGUGCGCAUCAUGCAGCAGCAACUGAGCUUGCACAUGGACAAGGUGGUCCGGAAGCACCUCCAGUCCGUGCUUGUCCCAGCCAUCGGGCGCAUUGUGCUGCACACGAUGGACAACAACUUUGUCAAGCCCGUCACGGCGCAGCUCGAGGCGCAGUGCAAGGACCUGGACGCACGCAUGGCCGCGUCGCUGACGCACCUGGUCGACGACGUCAAGACGCCGGUGCGCGACGCGUUCCGGGACGCGUUCCAGUCGACGAUCAUUCCGUCGUUCCAAGCCGCGACGCAAAAGAUGUUUGAGCAGAUCAACACCACGUUUGUCGAGGGCACGCACGUCAAGAUCGCAGAGACCAACGAGCAGUGGAGCGCGCUCUCGGCGCAGCUGACGACGAUGCAAGACGCGGUCGAAACCCUCACCGAGCGCCUCGAUACGCUCCAAGGCAGCGCGGCCGCGCCGCUGCCGCCGCCCAAAGCGUCGCUCUUUGAUACGCAGUGCCGCGACAUUGACGGUCUCUUGGCUGCCAAGAAGUACGAGGUGGCAUUUCAAACCGCGCUCGGCGCCGAAGACGUGGCGCUCGUCUUCUACACGUGCGCCAACGUCGAGACGGGCGUGGUUCUUGGCGUCCGCCCGCCCGUGCUCUCGCAGAUGAUUGUGCUCUGCCUCGUGCAGCAGCUCGGGUCGGACCUCGAGCGCGACUUGGGCUUGAGCCUCAAGUGGGUGCAGGACUCGCUCCUCGUGAUGAACCCGCGGGACGCGGCGAUCGCGCCGUUUGUCCAGAACGUGCUCCAGGAGCUCAAGGCUGCGCUCAGCCACGUGCCCGAGACGGCCCGCGACUCGCAGUUUACGCUCGUGCACCACAUUUUAAACUCGAUGUUGAGUUAUACCUAG